AUGAAGAGAUGGCUGCUCAAUGUGCUGCUAAGUUUUGGUUAUACUGACCUCAGCGCCGCCAAAAACAAUUUCAACGACGAUGAAAAGAUUGGCGGCGGCGGCUUCGGAUGUGUGUACAGAGGCACUUUGCCUGGCACAAAUGAAGCUGAGGCUGUUAAAACAGUAUCUGCGACCUCCAAGCAAGGGAAACAUGAGUACGAAUCAGAAGUGGUUAUAAACAGUAAGCUUACACACCACAAUCUUGUCAGAUUUCUGGGCUGGUACCACCCAAAAGGUGAUUUGCUUCUGGUCUACGAAUUGCUCCCAAAUGGAAAUCUUGACAAAUAUCUAUUUGGGAAGAUGGAGGCUGCUCGGAGAUACAGUAUAGCCUGUGGCAUAGCCUCUGCUCUGGUUUAUCUUCGCGAGGACCGGCAUGAGAGCGUUGUGCACAGAGACGUAAAGGCCAGCAAUGUGAUCAUGCUGGAUGUUGGGCUUGCCAGAGUUCUGAAACGAGAAAAGGGAGGGCAUACUAGGGCGGUAGCAGGAACAAUUGGGUACAUUGUGGGGGGAUCCGUAACAACGGGAAAUGCCACUCGAGAGUCUGACAUGUUUAACUUUGGUGCUCUCGCACUGGAAAUUGCUUGUGGAAGGCGACCGAACAGGAUUCUUGAUGCAGCAGAUGAGAAACUGGGUGGGAAUUUCAUUGCUGAGGAAAUGGAGCGGCUUAUGAAAGUGGGAUUGUUGCAGUGUUCUCAUCCCGGUCCGAAUGGCAGACUGCGUGACAUUGGAUGGUCCAAAGAACAACUGGUCAAUGAACAGAUCAAGAACAACAUUAAGGUUGUGAAGAACACCUUUUCAGCUACCGCGAAUAGGGGCGGUGGCGGCGGACUGGCAGCGCGUGGGCGGAGCGCGGGCUGGGCAUGGGCUGCGCGUGGGCGGCUGGUGGCGCGCAGGCGGCGGGCGGCGCGUGGGCAGGUUACCGCCAAGCUGCGCACUGGUGGCGCGCAGCGGUAA